UUCGAUUGUCAGUGUAAACUUCCGUCAAUAUCGUCAAAAUGGCGACGAUGGAAGGUCCACUAAGCAAGUGGACAAAUGUAAUGAAAGGAUGGCAGUACAGAUGGUUUGUCUUAGACGAGAAUUCUGGCCUGCUGUCAUACUACACUUCCAAAGAGAAAAUGAUGAGGGGAUCACGUAGAGGAUGUGUUAGAUUAAAAGGAGCUAUUAUUGGAAUAGAUGAUGAAGAUGAUAGUACGUUUACAAUAACAGUUGACCAGAAAACCUUCCAUUUUCAAGCUCGUGAUGCUGAUGAGAGGGAACAGUGGAUAGCCAGCCUGGAGAACACAGUGUACCGACAUUCUCAAGCUGGCAAGAAACUGGAAGUGCGCCAUGCCCCGAGUCUAGAGGACUUCGACCACAAGCUGAUGGAGACCGAUACCUACCUCCAGAUGCUUAUAGACCAAGUCCAGGCCUUGGAAACACGGAUUGAAGACUGUCCCGAUGAAGGAGAGAGGGAGAAGUACAGUGUUAUCAAAGUAACUGCGGAUGGACUGGUGGAGGCAAUCAAACAUACCAUUGUGAUGCUCCAGAUCACCAAGGAGAGUCUGAAGGAACCAAUCCUGAAUGGCUCCCCCCACGACCAGCUUCUACUUACCAACGAUGCCAACUACAGCCACUUCAGCGACAUCAAACGUCAAGUUCCUGCCUCCCUCUCCACCGACAACAUUGAGCAGGCCGUGGAUGUCGCUAGUGAUGCGCCAGUCUCCUCCAGCACCUCUCUACCUAACAUAGCAAUACCCUCUGGGUCGACCCUUGGGCCGCCGAGAGUGACGGACGCCGUGCUGAAUGGGGGGACUGGCAUCCCGGAGGUGUCCUACUCCAGCAGCGAGGACGAGGAGUUCUAUGAUGCUGAGGAGCAGAAGUCGUCACAGAAGACCACCCCCGAGCGCGAACUCUCCGCACUCAUAGUGGAGGGAGACUGCGACGAGAACGGGGAGCCGCCGGUCUCGCCACCAGUUAUAGCUUCCAAAGAUGAUUACUAUGAUGAACUCUAUGACGAUUUAGAUAACGAAGACCUGGGGUCGCUGGAGCAGCACGGCAGCAUCAUCGCCCACCUCCUGUCCCAGGUCCGCAUCGGGAUGGAUCUCACCAAGGUCGUCCUACCCACCUUUAUUCUUGAACGAAGGUCACUGCUGGAGAUGUAUGCUGACUUCAUUGCACAUCCGGACCUAUUUGUCAAAGUGGCUGACCUGGAGACGCCGCGGGAACGCAUGGUGCAGGUGGUGCGGUGGUACUUGUCCGCCUUCCACGCCGGCAGGAACAGCGACAUAGCCAAGAAACCCUACAACCCAAUACUCGGGGAGACAUUCAAGUGCUUCUGGAACCUCCCAGAUGAAAAAUCUACAGAUGUGGUUGAAGAUGGUCCUGUUGCCUGGGCAACCGAAGACAGCAUCGCAUUCAUAGCAGAACAAGUGUCUCACCACCCACCAAUUUCGGCGUUCUAUGCUGAACACCACAGUAAGCGCAUCGCUCUGGACGGGUACAUCUGGACCAAGUCCAAGUUCCUGGGCCUUUCCAUCGGUGUCCACAUGAUCGGUCAGGCUGUUGUGUCUGUCCUGGACCAUGACGAGGAAUACACACUCACCUUUCCCAAUGGCUACGGCAGGUCGAUCCUGACGGUGCCGUGGGUGGAGCUGGGAGGGAAGGUACAGAUUGCAUGUGCCAAGACAGGAUACAGCGCCACUGUGGAGUUCCAUACAAAACCAUUCUACGGAGGAAGGAAACAUCGGAUAACAAGCAAGGUGUUCGAGCCUAACGAGAAGCUCCCUUUCCUCACCGUGGAGGGAGAAUGGAACGGAGUGAUGUAUGGCAAAUAUACCUCAGGGCAAAACGAAACAUUUGUAGACACGAAGACAUUACCUAAGUUCAAGAAGAUGGUGAGACCGACGGACCAGCAGGAGGAGUAUGAGUCUCGCAGGUUAUGGCGAGACGUGACAUACAACCUCAAGUACAAGAAUGUGGAGAAGGCCACAGAGGGCAAGCAAUUCCUGGAACAGCGGCAGCGGGACGAGGCCAAGGACAGGAAGGAGAAAGGGGAGAGAUGGGAAACCAAGUUUUUCCACGAGGUCGGAGAGCACUGGGUGUAUGACCGGCCAUUGCUGAAGAGAAAUAAUCCAUCACCUACAGAGUGAGGGCGAUCUGUGAGGACGACCUAUGUGAUGGCGACCAUGUGAUGAUGGCCACUGCAUCAACAAUAUUCCAGGCUGGUGUUGUGUACAGCUAGCCAUACGAACACACAAACAAGCUGCUUAGUAUUGAUUAGAAUAACUUAAUAUGUGUACUAUAUGAAGCAAUGUGCAAACCAACAUUUUACUGUUUCCCACAUAAAAAUCAACAUUUCUUAUAUAGCCAAAAAAAACAACUUCAGUUUGGUUCUCAGGCACCGCCUCAUCAUCAUUAAGUCCCUGGCACGGUUCGUUUUUUUCCCCAUUUUGAACAUUUCUUUUAAGAGAGAGACAUAUUCAGAAAUUUAAGUAACCAAACCAAGAGAUCUUUGAGUAAACUUGAGCCAACUCAGCCGGCGAUGGAAUAUUAGUCUCAGAAAUCAGAUAUCCAUUGUUAUUUUAAUGACAUGUAUUGUCUAAAUUCACAAAUGCUUGGUUACGUUUUGUAUCCUGCUUGUGCUGGCACUUUAUCUGUGUGAUUCCUCGACUCAGCUGUGGUGAUUGCUUAUUACCGACAUUUCACACGGAACAAUUUUGAGAAAUGAAAGUUUUUUACAGCAAAUGACCAGGUUAGUGAAACCAUAACUUGAUUUUCAUCAGGGAGGAAUGAAAAUAGUACAAUGUGAAGUGAAACUGACUGUAUUUAUGUUGUAAAGUGGAGAGGAUGUUUAUAUGGUUUCCUUGGUGCACGCUGAACGGAAGUUAACAGUCGUGAGAAAACCAGUGCUGAUGUCAACAUUAUCUACACUGAAACCCUGUUUGUCUGGAGGGUAGCCUGUUAGUCUGGAGGGUAAUCUGUUUGUCUGGAAGGUAGCCUGUUAGUCUGAGGGUAGCCUGUUAGUCUAGAGGGCAGCCUCUUUGUCCAGAGGGUACUCUUCCUGGAAAUCAUCCACAAAUUACCACAUAAAGUACAAGUAAUGUUUAGAUCCAUAGAGAUAUACCUCCAAGUAGUUUUUGGUUCGAGAUGAUUGGGUGUGUAUCAGCAGGGUUUAAUUGGUGUGAAAACUGCGUUUUGGGUCAGUAGGUGUUCCACCAUCUUCGUGAGGCAAGCGUGUCCACUAGCCUAUAUCAAAGCCAAGUUUCUACCCUUUCCACAACUAGGCCACAUUUCUUGGCUUGACCCUGGCGCCACCUCGUGUAGAUCCCAAGUUGUGCCCCUUGUAAUGAAAACACGAUAUCCAAUCAGAUUGCUGUUCUUAUCUCAUACAGCUUCACAAAGAUGGCGACGACCUUAGGCGACGACAUAGUCGAUCAGAGAACGAAAUCAUUCGCGAUGUCAUCCCUGACCCAAAAACAGAGGCAAUCGUUUUUCGAUGAAAAAUACAACAAAGACAGGCAGUGGUAAAUCACUUUCAUACAAAGGUGUACCAGUCGUGGAUGUUGAUUUUGUGAGACAUUCUCUGAUUAGACUAUCGAUAUGUGCGAUAGUCCAAUCAUAUUUAGCACAGGAAAGUAAAACAAGACUUUGAUAAAAAGGCUAAUGGACGCUCUUGCCUCAGGAAGAUGGUGUUCCACGUGCAAUGGGAGAUUCCAUUUCCAUUGAACAGGGGACUUAGGUUGAGUGUGAUGAGGUGAAUGUGGAGUUCGUGGUCUGUCGUGUCCGGCAACAAAUGUACACCCAACCGACUGGCCCCCGAGUUAAAUCUUCCACCUCUGAUUGUGAUUGUUGCCCGGAUUACGUCGAUCCAUGGGGUCGAUUGUUGGGCCAUGAUUCUUCUUAAGUUUGUUUAGCAGGUAGUUCUCAUCAGUCUUUCAAGCUAAUUCUGAGACGAUACCAAAACCAUAAGUACAUGCACGUUUAUUUAUUGACAAAGUAUACCACCGUGCCAUGUUUAGAUAAGAAGCUGUGAGGGGCCCAAGAGACCAGGGUGCCAUUGUACAAAAUAAUCUUAGUGCUAUGACUGUCAUAAGUCUAUGUUAAUGUAUGGGAGUAACGAUCACCUUAGCGCUAAGAUUGCUCUGUACAACGGCACCCUGUUGUUUAUCAGAGGGGGGGCUUGUGUUAAACAUAAUUUGGGUAUUGAAAACAGGUGCAGGUAUUGCAAGGGUAAAGAAAGCCAUCAAUAAGUCAUGUAAAAAGUAAACAAAUAUUUGGGAUGGUAGAAUAUUAAUUAUUUAAACAGAUGGAUUAUACCCCUCUAUGAGUGAUGGGUCCCCAUAAAUUCUGAUGAAUUAAUAUUACAAAACCCCUCCGGAAAUGGUAAAAUUGGAGAUACACGUGUUGCUUUGUGGAGAUGUUUUGAAUGGGUCUUUUUAAGACUUGUGUUGUAAGGGUUAGGUCGUGUUACAGUCAGCUAUGCGUGGGGUCUUGGCGUGUUACAGUCAGCUAUGCGUGGGGUCUUGGCGUGUUACAGUCAGCUAUGCGUGGGGUCUUGGCGUGACUUCAAUGUACAUACCUUGUGGUGGAUAAGUUCAAACAUAGACUUGGUUCUCACACUGUAAAAUCAAAUUGCAUGGAAACGUUUUAUAUCUGCUUAGAAAACUAUUGAAGUGAAAUACUGACGUAAAUAUGGAGAACGUGGUGACUGAGGACCAAGUUGUGUGAGAGCCUCAUAUGAGCCAUUGACAAUACUUGUGUCUGGGUGGAUCAGGGUGGACCACCCUCUGCUUACCUGUGUCUGGGUGGAUGUGUCAGGGUGGACCACCCUCUGCUUACCUGUGUCUGGAUGGAUCUGCUUAUCUGUGCCUGGGUGGAUCAGGGUGGACCACCCUCUGCUUACCUGUGUCUGGGUGGAUGUGUCAGGGUGGAUCAGAGUGGACCACCCUCUGCUUACCUGUGUCUGGGUGGAUCUGCUUACCCGUGUCUGGGUGGAUCAGAGUGGAUCAUCCUGUGGAUACCUGUGUCUGGGUGGAUCAGGGUGGAUCAACCUGUGGAUACCUGUGUCUGGGUGGAUCAAAUUGGAUCAUCCUGUGGAUACCUGUGUCUGGGUGGAUCAGGGUGGAUCAACCUGUGCUUACCUGUGUCUGGGUGGAUCAGGGUGGAUCAUCCUGUGGAUACCUGUUUCUUGGUGGCUCAGGUUGGACCAUCCUGUGCAUACCUGUGUGAGUGGAUCAGGGUGGACCACCUGUGCAUACCUGUGUCUGUGGAUGAGAAUGGACCACCCUGACAUUACCUGUGUUGGGGUGGAUCUAGCCUGUGGUACCCUGACGUCUACUAUAUGUCUUAUCAUACCAAAGUGUAGAAUUACAUAUUUAUUUCACAUCAUAAAACCAAAAUAUCAUACACUGUAGUGACAAGUUAUAUAAUUAUUUAGACAACUUGUUUGUAAAAACUACAUUGUGUGUGAUGUAUGUUUGACACCAUGUGUUUUGAUGUAUGUUUGACAUGUGUGAUCUAUGUUUGACGUGGUGUGAUGUAUGUUUGACAUGUGGUGUGAUCUAUGUUUGACAUAUAUAGUGUUGUAUGUUUGACACCAUGUGUUUUGAUGUAUGUUUGACAUGUUUUAUAUGUAUGUUUGACAUGAAGUGUGAUUCAUAUUUUACCUUUUUUGACAUCAAGCGGCGAGUUUCUGGAUGAACUUUAUCAAUAACGUCAGGCACUGCCCAUCUUACAGGUAGACUCUGAGCAAGUAGAACUAUAUUUAUUUUAAUGGUUUUCAGUAUCAUUAUUCAGAAAAGUGCUGAAAAAAUUAUUCUGUUUUCCAUUUCCAGGACAACAAAUUCAUGAUUACAAUAAAAACCAAGUUGUACCAGGUGUAUCGGGCUUGCAAUGAGAUUUGUGCCAGUCGGUGCGUUGUAGCCAUGUUUGAUAACAAUGUUAGCCCUCCAGGAUAUGGAGACUACCAUUAUAGAUUGAGAUAUUAUUGAUGCAUGUAUCUCAAGACUGUGUCGGUAUGUAUACACAUCAUAGGAAUAUUGUUGCCAAAAAGAAUUGUUACACUUUGAACAAUGUUCUGCCAACAUGAUACUCAUGUAAAAACAUGACCGUGUCUAGCAAUAUCAAUUAUGAAAAUGUUAUAAAUUGCUGCCAUGUCAUAUACCAGUAUAUUUCCCCGCCUCUUUCAUAGCUAUAUAGACAAUACAGAUAUAUAUAGGAUAGAAAUGAUAUUUUCCUGAUGUAUUCAGACUGGUCGUUACUGCACAAGUAACAUAUACCGAUAUAGUCACUGCUUAUGUAGAAACAAAAUAUGAUAUCUUCUUAAUUGAAAGUACAGGGUUCACUCAAGAAUGGGCCCUUUAUGUGAAAAUUUCAAAUAUUCAAGAGGUACGCCCAUUGUAUUUGAAAAUGUGGGCCUUUUUUUUUCAAAUUUAGGGGCUAAAAGCACAAGGCCCCACCCUAGAAUUAUCCCUGAAAGUAAUGGAAGACAACAUCCUGGCACCUGUAGAGCCUGUCAAGGAAUCACAAAUGUUUCCCUUUCUGUUCCCUAAUUUUGCCCCAUCAGUAUAGUUCCUGAAAAUCAUGAUUCCAUGAGUGAUCAUCUCUGAGCAGUGAUAUUAUUUAUGCAGAUGAAGAUGGUUUGAAAUCCAGGGCCAUUAUAUUCUGCCCUGAUUGCCUGUGGUUAUGUAAACAAAUUCUUGUUUCUCAACCAACCUAAAUGCCCAAUAGUACCUGUGAAAACAUAGAUUUCAAGAACUCAAGAUGCAUUAAUGUGGCCUUAUCAGACAGUAAUGAAUUUGUUUCAAGCUAUAAAGUAAACAGUGACAAGAUAAAAAGUUCAACUUCUGAUAUUGAUGCUGAUGAUUGGGAGUGGCCUAAUCACCAUAUUGAUGCUGAUGAUUGGGAGUGGCCUAAUCACCAUGUUGACUGAUGAUUGGGAGUGGCCUAAUCACCAUAUUGAUGCUGAUGAUUGGGAGUGGCCUAAUCACCAUGUUGACUGAUGAUUGGGAGUAGCCUAAUCACCAUGUUGACUGAUGAUUGGGAGUGUCCUAAUCACCAUGUUGACUGAUGAUUGGGAGUGACCUAAUCACCAUAUUGAUGCUGAUGAUUGGGAGUGUCCUAAUCACCAUGUUGACUAAUGAUUGGGAGUGGCCUAAUCACCAUGUUGACUGAUGAUUGGGAGUGGCCUAAUCACCAUGUUGACUGAUGAUUGGGAGUGGCCUAAUCACCAUAUUGAUGCUGAUGAUGGGGAGUGGCCUAAUCACCAUGUUGACUGAUGAUUGGGAGUGGCCUAAUCACCAUUUUGAUGCUGAUGAUUGGGAGUGGCCUAAUCACCAUGUUUAAUGAUGGGUUGGUUGAUGAUGAAGAACAAGAAAACAUUGUUGUGACCUAAUCACCAUAUUGAUAUUGAUGCUGAUGAUUGUGAGUGAACUAAUCCCUGUGUUGACUCUGACUGGGAGUUGACUGAGGCUGUAACUUUGAAACCUUGUACAGAAUGAGUGUGUGUCUCCUGUGUGUCUCCUGAGUGUGAGUGAGUGUGUGAGUGAGACAUCGGCUGUGAUACUGUUCUAUUCCUCCUGUGUGUGGUCCUUCACAGGUAUCUGGGAACACAUGUCAAAACAUAAUAAAUUAUUAACUGUU